AUGGCCUAUUUAGAGAUGACCCUUGUCUUGUUGCUGCUAUGGGCGCAAGCGCCGUCCCAGCUCUAUGGCAUCGAGGUGACUGAGGAGAUGAUAUACGGGGUUGAAGCCCGGCCGAUACGCUACCGUGCAUCAUUUGAGCCGUUUGGUGAAUUACUAGACGAAUAUAUCCAAGUGUCCGGAACCGGUGAACCAAUUUCUGGUCUCCCAGCUCACCCAGUCCAGAACGAUGUGGGUACAGCACCGCCUCGGUGGACCCCGUUUGACCUAGUGGGCAGGGACGAGGACAACGACCGAACAAGGCUUAUGGUACGUGGUGAUACUGGGUAUCUCAUCGGUUUCGCAAACAUGACGGGACAUUAUCACAUACUGAAUGGGAUGGACCCGGAAGGGAAUCUGUUUCCUGGAGCCACGGUGUUGAACACUGGAGUCAGUUAUCGCGAUUUUGUAGGUCCGGGGGGGAAAGGCAAUCUGCCGGGACUGCCGCUAAGCAAGGACUUAUUUCUAGACGGCAUCGGCACCUUGGGAACCUACCCUGCGGUUUCCAGCGAUGAUGAAAGGGAUGAAGCAAUGGCGCGGUUCGUGGUGAUGAUAUUGGAAGCAGCACGGAUAAAGCCAAUCCGACAGAGAAUACUUAGAAACUGGGACGUCGGUGAGACUUACAUUGAUCCUAUCCAUGCUAAAUAUAUAGUCACUUGGGGAAAAAUGUCGCUCCUUCUCAUGUGUGCGGAACGAGGCAUCCCACUAAGGGGCCGAGAUGCCAGAGAAUUGAGAUCAAUUCAUGUAGAAACACCAGCAGAUGUGAAAAAUAUUUUGGGCAUUGUCGUCCGGCCAGCAAGAUUCAACCCAGAUAACCCAGAACAGAGUUGCGCACCUAUGACGACCUGA